AAUAACGUUAGAAUUGUCGGGGCAAGUUGAUUUCGAAGAACCCAGCAUCCAUAUCUUUGUUCGGCCCCACCGAAGCAGCGACCUCAAAACCCCCUACGGAUAGGCGCGACGGACUGCUCAAGUUCUCGGCAUUCCUACCUACGUCCACGACCGAGAGCUGUAGCCCAGGUGUCUGCCAGUACGAUGUCGACCAUCGCUACCGAGACUCGCGCCGCGCCGAUCACGGCCGACACGAUCCUCCGCCUUUUCCCCGACAUCGACACGAGCGGGGAGGCGCUUGAGGGCCAUGAUGAGGAGCAGAUUCGCCUGAUGGAUGAGGUAUGCAUCGUCUUGGAUGAGGACGACAAGCCGAUCGGUACCGCCAGCAAAAAGCUAUGUCACCUCAUGACGAAUAUCGAAAAGGGCCUCCUUCACAGAGCGUUCUCUGUAUUCCUAUUCAACGACAAGAACGAGCUGCUCCUGCAGCAGCGCGCAUCGGAAAAGAUCACCUUCCCCGACAUGUGGACGAACACCUGCUGCUCGCACCCGCUGAAUGUGUCAAACGAGACUGGCUCAACCCUACCGGAAUCCAUUCUUGGCGUGAAGCACGCCGCGCAGCGGAAGCUGGAGCAUGAGCUCGGUAUCAAGAAGGAGCAGGUACCUUUGGACCAGUUCCACUUCCUCACCCGCAUCCACUACAAGGCUCCGAGCAACGGCCAAUGGGGCGAGCAUGAGAUCGACUACAUCCUAUUCAUCAAGGCCAAUGUCGACCUCAACAUCAACGAGAACGAGGUGCAAGCGACACAAUACGUCUCCGCCGACCGUCUGAAGCAGCUGUUCGAGGAUCCCAGCCUCAAGUUCACGCCUUGGUUUAAGCUUAUUUGCAACUCGAUGCUCUUCGAGUGGUGGGCACAUCUCGAUUCGGGCCUCGAGAAGUACAUGAACGAGCAGCAGAUUCGACGCAUGUAAAGAAUGAGCUACUGUACGCGCGGGUCCGUUCGUGCUCCGUGCGAAUCUGCAGGCCAAGGAGUGGAUUGGCCUAAUAAGUGGCCUUCACUACCUAUGCAUCCCACUUCUCUACCUAAUCAUUUUUAUUCCGAGAUAUCCGCUCUGUUUCAGCGACGGCAUGUAAUAAACCGCGCAAAGAGCCCCCCUGCCUCCCUUUUCUACACCUUGCAUAAUCCGAGGGGACGAAUGGCGAGGAUCGUGUUUCUAUUCAAGAGUUAGAUGGAGGAAGGAAACCGCAUAACGACCAAGCUUUUUGCGAAUUUCAGCGAG